CUACAUGUUAAGCUCUGACUCUGAGCAUGUUAGAUGCCGUUAGCGCCACAGAAGAAGAGGAAUGACGACUACCUAAAUAAAUCGUUCUCUUCGUUAUUUGCUUCACUGUUUGGAAUUUUGGACGUGUUUUAUAGUUAAGGAGUCCUUCAUGAUGGCACUAAAAUCAGGCGAGGAGCGCCUCAAGGAGAUGGAGGCAGAGAUGGCGCUGUUUGAGCAGGAGGUUUUGGGAGGACCAGUGGCUGUGACUGCAGGAGGUCCUCCCGUAGUGGAGGCUGUUCCGGUGGCUCUGGCUGUGCCAGCUGUACAAGCUAUGCCCAUGAUCCGGCCCAUCAUAGGCACAAACACCUACCAGCAGGUCCAACAGAGCUUGGAAGCUAGAGCUGCUACUUUAGUCGGACCUCCCCCCACAUUCGUCGGUCCAGCUGUACCUGCGGUGAGGCCUCCUCCGAUGAUGCGACCUGCGUUUGUUCCACAUAUCUUGCAGAGACCAGGGGGACAGAGAAUGCCAAUGAUGCGUGGCCCUCCACCACAAGGUAUGAUGGCACCUCCGCUUCCCCGACCUCCUCCUCCACCACCAAUGAUGAUGGCACCCCCAAUGGCCGGACCCCCUCAGCACCCUAUGGGUCCCAUUGGACCGCCUAUGGGAUCUAUGAACACAGUUCCUCCUAAUCGGUUUCAAAUGAAUACGAACCAGAACCUUAGUAAGCUUGCAAUCGGACCAAAAGAAAUGAAUGGCUUAAAUAUGUUCAAUUCAUAUAAGGUUGACUCAAUGACCCCAGUGGUGACGGCCAUGCCUCGGCCAGUGACCCAGCCUAUGCCCAAAGUUACUCCCAGUGUUAUCCAGGCAGCCCCUACAGUUUAUACAGCACCACCCGCCCCUAAAAGACCAGACAUGAGGAUGCCAAGACAAUUACGCAUGGAGGAGCUGGCAGCAUCAGUAGCCGAGCAACAGGCAGCCGUGAUGGCGGCGGGGCUCCUGGAGGCUAAGAAGGACAGCGUCACAGAUGACAGCGUCAUUGGGCCAAGCAUGCCUGAGCCAGAGCCUGUACACACAGAGCCACCAGAGAACGUAACAGAGGAUAAGAAGAAAGGGAAACAGGAGAAGGUGAGGAAAUGCAUCCGUACAGCCGCAGGCGUCACUUGGGAAGACUCCAGCUUAACGGAGUGGGAGACAGACGACUUUAGGAUAUUCUGUGGAGAUCUGGGUAAUGAGGUGAACGACGACAUUCUCACAAGAGCAUUCAGUCGUUAUCCAUCCUUUCUGAAGGCUAAAGUGGUACGAGACAAACGUACCGGGAAGACCAAGGGCUAUGGCUUUGUCAGCUUCAAGGACCCCAAUGACUACGUGCGGGCCAUAAGGGACAUGAACGGAAAAUACGUAGGCAGCCGACCCAUCAAGCUGCGAAAGAGCACAUGGAAAGACAGGAACCUGGAGCUUGUACGCAAAAAGCAGAAGGAGAAAAAGAAGCUUGGGCUUAGAUAAGCUCUGAGAGACCAAGUCAAAACUGUAGUGCAAGUGUGUGCGAGUGUUUACCUCCAUCUCCAGCUACACACAGACGGCCUCAAGAUGGAAAAGACUGGAAUUUAUUGAUGUACCAAUAGACCACUGUGAUAGCAGGAGAUAGGAGUGGAUCAGUAACACUCAUUAUAUAAAGUGUGAAGCUUUGAUUAAUGACACUGGCUGCAGUUCAAUGGAGGUCCUUAUUUCUAUCAAGUUUCACUACCCGGGUCAUUAGAAUGCACUGCACUGACGCCUCCUCCUUUUGUAUCGAUCUAGCUUGCAUACAGUUGCAUUCAACAUCAACCUUCAUGCAUAUCUUGUAGAAGUGUGUGUUUUUUAUCUUGAUUUCUUUUAUUUGAGUGUUAGAAGGAGCUGGUUAACAAUAAUUCAAAACUUAACAUCAAUAAACCUCAUGUUUCUUUUGCA